AAGAAAAGCAGACAGAAGGGAGAGUUUGAGCUGCUCAGGUCUCUGGUCAUACUUGCUGCAUAGACAGUGAAGAAAGAAGCUGAAAGAUGAAGACUUUGAUUCUGCUGGUUCUCUGCUCCCUGGCAGUCGUCUGUGUGAUUUCAGAUGCUGAUCCUGACCCCCAGCCUGCCGGUGACGACCCUGCUCAGAAUGGGAUGUUCGUGGAGAGGGAUGAGGCCUCCACAGUGGUGAGACAGAAGAGAGCUGCUGGACAGUUAUCCCUGGUUCAGCUGGAGAGCCUGAGAGAAGUGUGUGAGGCCAACCUGGGCUGUGAGCACAUGAUGGACACAGCUGGCAUCAUCGCCGCCUACACCGCCUACUACGGACCAAUCCCCUAUUAGAAGCCAAACCACAACAACGGAUUUCUCAUCAAAACUGCCUCUUUUUUUAUUAUUUGCAUAAUCACUCUUGAGCUCAACUUUUCCUGUGCUGCUGAGCAAAAUUGUCAAAAAUUGUGGAAGAAGACGGAUCAUUUUGGCAUGUGAAGGCAUUUUCUCUCCUGCAUAGGCCUGCAGAGUUGUUUCUACAGUUCUGUCAUUUCUCUCAGCCUGUAGCGUAGUGUGAUGAAAUUAAAUAAAGAAAGGAUCAAACUCU